UUCGGAUGAUCAUGUUUGCAGAGGAUAUUAAGAAGAAGUGACUUUGGAGCUUUGAAUCUCCUCCUUAUGUUUUGUUGCAUCAUGCUCUUGGAUAUUUCGAUUGCUGCUGAUAUCUGGCGUCAAACUCAAACCUCAUAACAAAAACAGGAUUUAAAUUGCGGUGUCAUUUAGUCAGAAUUUGUUCGGUUAAAAUUGCUUGUAAUGCAACUGAUGGGUUGAUAUCCGCACUUCUGAUGGGUAACCAAUUUGAAAUUUGAAUCCUGAUGUCUGAAAUCAUGCUGGAUUUAGAAAUUGAACCUUAUUCAGAGAAAUAUCACUUUAUUUGGGAUAAUCUAGAGAAAUUUAACCUUCUCCUUGGGAUAAUUCAGAUAAAUUGAGGCUAACUUGGGAUAAUUGUGUGUGAUGACUGACAAGGAUUUUUAUAGUGGUAAUUCCUUGCUGGAAUCGACAACCUGCUGUGGAUAGAUCUGUACGAAAUCGUAGUGUUCUUUUUCAACUAGGGGAAAUAAAAGUUCUCAUUAGGAUAUUAUUGGAUAUUGUGUUGAUGAUUACAUGUAGUUUGGCGAUAUGAGGCACAUCAUAAUGAGAAUGAUGUGUUAAUGGCAGCAUGUUGUAAUUGUCUUUAAUGUGCCAACUGGUGUUAAUGUGCUGGCUGUUGUGCAUUGAUUAUCUUAAUUGGUGCCAGAUACCAUGCAAAGUGAAAUAGCAUUAGCCAUCUAAGAUCUGUUGGAAAUUUGAGAAAUUUGAAGAUCUGUCCUGAAAAUUAUUUUUCCAGCAGCAAGAGCUUGCUCACCAAUGGUCGUUUAAACCGGUUUUGACUAUUUUGGGACAACUUCUUUGGCAAAUAUUGUCCCACACUUUUCGCAGCAGUUGCCACCUGUUACGAGAGUGUAAGAAAGACUUCUGAUUCUUUUGUGCGCCUGCUGGAUAACUGCUGAAAAGGAUUGAUACUAAAAAAUACUACAUCUCAACCUUGUAAAAAUGGCCAAAUCAGUUCACCUAAAGCCGCUGCUGUAGAAGAGAAACUGAUACAUCAUGGAACCCUGAACUGCUUGGUGGAAAUUAACUCGGUCAGCCUUGGGAAUCGCUGUGGGUUCUAAUCUUCAUUAAUCGUUCUAAUCCUGUGGUAGAUUUCCAAUGCAAUUAAAUAUCAUCGAUGUCGCAAGUGCUGAUCAUUUUAGCUCCAGCUAGAAAGUGAAAGAAUGAGUUUUUUUUAUUCAAUUCAAAAUUGGGAGUCUAGCUUCUUAACUAUGGAGUAGGAAAUAAUGUUCGUUUUGUGCUAAUCUGAUGAGGCCGUUCUUCAAGACUUGAAAAUUUCACAUUGUUUACAAGAUUGUGGAAAAAGGAUGAGGAUUUGCUUAUGAUAGAUUCACAUAGGAAUAGUAUAGGAAAGGAUUAACCUCAAAUUUAAAGACAAACACUUCAUUAUACUUAUUUUCCUUGGAUUACAGUCGAAAUGGCAGCAAAUCUCCUCGGCUUGGGUUUAACGGGAGUGCACUCCCUCUACAGCAUAGAGUGUGGCUCUGAGAAUGAUAUCAUCGGUGCCACAAUGAAUGCACCAAAAUAUGGCUACAGAGAUUUAACUGAUCCUUCUCUGGAAGAAACUGUGAGGAACCACAACUCAACUACUCUCAACCUUCUCCUAACAGUUGCUGAUUUUGCUCAGAAGGUGGCAACAGCACACAAGCAGUUCUCCGCUCAACUCCACACCGUUGUUAGUCAGUUUAGACAAAUUAGCCUUGAAGUCAAAAAGGAAAGGCCUGUUGACUACCAUAAUUCCCUCCAUGCUGCCUGGGAUGCCCUGCUCCACGAAACAGAAAUGGACGCACAGGCCCAGACGGAAACAGCCAACCUCCUCAUUAAGAAUGUCUACGAUCCCUUAGUCGAGGUUGCUCAACACAAGAAAAGCCAUUGCCAGAAAUUGUACAACUUUAGGGAACAGUUUGAAACGACAACAGAUAAGGCUCAAGAAUUACUAGAAAAGUGUCAUGACGAGUACAUGGAGAGUUAUCUGCGAUAUCGGAGCAAUAGUCGCGAUACGGGCAAAAAUCUGACAAGUUAUUUUGAUGCACACAACGAAUACGUUCUCCAGUUAUGGGCUUCCAACAGAAUGACAGAUGAAUACCAUACAGUAGCUUUACCAUGCAUUUUAGAGGAAUUAGAAGAGAUCUACAUAGAUACUAGUAAUGUAUUAAAUGGUGCCAUAGAAAGUCACUCACUUCUCUUAGUUACUAAGGCAACCGAACAGAGUAAGAAAUUUGAAGAAGUGUUGAAGAUUUGCAAAAUAGUCCAACCAAAAAAUGAUAUAUCCUACUUUGUGAGAGCCAUCGGUCCAGAGCCUGUUGCGUUACCGGAAAUGAAUCUUUUUACACCACCUGAAUCGCAAGGAGGGACAGAGGCCAUCUUGAAAAAUGAGAUUAUCGAUGAUAGACUUACAGAAAUUAUGUUAAAAGCUAAGCGGCAAGAACUCCAGAAAGAGGCUGCAGAAUUGACAUCAUAUAUCAAACAAAAUCAGGACGUCACGCAAACACUCAUGAGUAUAUGCCAAAGAAAUUUGGCUAAUCAUUUGUAUUCUAAAGUUUACGAGACGCAGGAGGAUCUGUGUCGGAAACGAAACGAGAUUCGGAUGGCGACGUUGCAGUUAGCGGCCAUCAGACAACAGAUUGAGCUUUUGUCCCCGAAACAGAAUGGCACCGUUGACCCAGACCGAGAAGGCCAGCGGGCCCAGAAGGCAACCAUCAAAGGCAUGUGGAGGAAGGCUUUUAGAAGUCUGAAGCAGAGCAAGUCUGAUAAACCUGAUUCAAAGUAUUCCAAAAUUGGUAGUCAAAGAAGAAGUUUUCUGAAACGCAAAGAUUCCAAAGAGGCUCAGGAUGAGGCGGCAGCAGAUGCUUUCAGUGGAGUUGCGGCCUCAACCCGGCCGUCGAGGUGUAGCGUUCAAGUCCUUUUCAUUGGGGAACCAGAAAUCGACCCGGUCUACAGCCUGUUAAAAUGUGCAGCGGACCUGCCCAAGAGCAGGCACCAGUCGUGUCAGGGGCCUGUCACGUUGUGCCAUACUGGCAACAGCCCUAAGACUCAUCGGUCCGCCUCACAGGGUGGGCAAACAAACUUAGCUGCAUCUGCAACGUCGGAUAGUUUAAACGUAAAAAGUACCGGGAGUUCGAGAAGUUCUAGUCCCUCAUCUGGACAUUCGUUUAGUCCACAACGACGACGAAAGAAGCUUAACAUGCGGAUGAAAAGCUUUUCAUUGGACGCCCCUGACACACCUCGCCAGCUCCUCUCGAUCGACGAAACGGCAAAAAAGAAAAGUAGUUCCAGCACGUCGUUUGCUACGUACACAGCAUGCAUUGGAGAUCCAAAAGAGACCAUGAUAUGCAUUCGUUUAAGUAACAGUGCACCGAACAGCCCUGAUACAAGUAAUCUUGGGAGAAGAAAACGGGGCCUUGGAAAACGAGCGAGUUCGUUGGAUACAAACAACGAUGGCCGACGCGAUAUGACGGAAGGUCCAGGAUCGCAUCAUUCAUCACCUAAUAUGUCUCCAAAAUCAGGAAGACCUUCAAUUCCAAGCAAUGUGUAUGUGGCGCUGUAUAACUUCAAGGGGCGAGAGAAGGAUGACCUUGACCUGAGGGCCGGUUGGAGAGUGAGCGCCAUCGAUAAGUCAGACCAUGACUGGUGGAAGGGCCAGUGUAACGGCAAAGUAGGCUACUUCCCAGCGAGUUACGUUCAUCGUUUACACGUCGGCCAGAAAGUGCUGGUGGUGACGCAUAGUCUGCAGCUCAAUGAGGGAGAUAGUAUUAUAAAGCUUUUGAGGGAUCAGGUGGUGAUACAGACCGGCUCAGAAAUGGAUGGGAUGAAACCAAUUAAAACAGGGACUGGCAAAAGGACAUUGUGCCCUUCUAAAUACCUUAUGGAAGUAUGACGUCGUUGUACAGUAUUCUGGAUCAUUUCAUACCAAGUGUUUGUCUGUACAAGGCGUGGUGUAUCCUGAUUAUCCUAUCCCCAUCGUGGCUGAUAGCAGGCAUGAGAGUCUUCAGGCUUUAGACUGAGUUCAGGCUGUUGAGUCAGACUCGAGUGUUAUUCAACGCUUUAGACUUGAAGAGAGUCAGGCUUUCAGUCUCUUAAUAGCACUCUGAUACCAGUAAUAAGCUAUAAGUGAAAUCUUAGUCAGUUUUGCAACUUGACAAGUUGUUUAUGGAAGGGAUCACUCUCUAGGAGGACAAAAGGACACUGAAUUUGGCAUCAUGUAUACAGUUAUGAGCCACAGGGUAAAAAAAAAAGUUUUACCUAGUGAAUAAAUAAUCCACGACUGUGAUGAAUUUUUAUUGUUGAGCGGCAUGCAAGAGGCUAUAUAUGCCCGUAGGCAGAAUCUAACUGUACAGACAUUUUGUAAAUAGGCUACAUUUUAUGCAUGUAUACUGGUAUUUGUUGUACGACAACAAUUUAGUUUAAUUAAAACCCAAUUGCUAACUGUAAAUGUUGGUGAAUCUGAUGUUUUGAAAUCUUCCCAUAAUGUAUAUUGAUGAAUGCAUGAUCUCAGCUUGGCUCACAAUUGGUUAAGGGAGGUCCAAAUUGCUCCAGGUCGACCACCAUGUUUGGUUGCCUGGGUUGAUUUGAUGCGGGUGGCUAAUAUUGGCGUGGGUUAUCCACGAUCUGACGUCCUGUAACUGGCCUCCAACCUGGCACCCAGCACUGUUUUUGGCGUGACACCGUUCUGCCAUUACGUCUCUGAAAAUCAUGUGAAGCGCAAUAUUUGGCUGUCUCGUCCCUGUGAGGCCUGCAGUGUUGUUUUAUUUGUUAACGCACACUGAAGGAAGAAUUUUCCUUGUACAGGUACAUAUGUGCACUUUGUAUAUAUAAUGUACAUCACAUGUGUAGUAUCUACAUGGACAAGUGAUUGUUUAGACAAGUCCAUCAGCCAGCAAAAUCUGUUGGAUAAAUAAUGCAUAUUUCAGUGAAUUUUGUAAAUACAUGUGUAUAUUAUGAUCUCAGUUGAUGUUUAACAAAUUCUAAGGAUAAUAUGCACAAAAAACAGGAUCUCAUAGAUUAUGUACCGAAGCCAUGCAAUUGGCAGUGUUGAUGUCGGGGUUAAUUAGAUUAAGCGUUUCAUUUGUACACCAUAUCCAACACUUUGGAGUUGAUCACUGGAAUUGAACAAGUCGUGAUCAUAACCUAGCUGCCCUCCGAAUUUCAGAGCAUUUGGGCCAACAGUACAACCUUAUGAUAAACAGUUCCAAACACCGAAGAUAUUUUUCAAAAAUGGAUGAAUUUUCCGAUGAAACUCUUAGAUUAUGGCAACAGAGUCGAGGGGAAAGUGCAAAUAUAUGUAGAUGGAUAUGAUCCCAUGAAAUGGAAAUAUGCUUUAAACAUUGUACCAUUUUUCAUGCUUUUUGUAUGGUGUUUCGUUGAUACUGUCGUGCUCGUGUAUUUCCUCAAAGAUUGUUAUCAUGAUUGGCACAGCGGUUGGGUGGUGACAGGUCCAUUCAGGUGGAUGAACCAGUCGGACGUCAAUGAGCUCUUCAACUGGCCAGUAAAGCCAGCAAUUACACAGUGACCAUUCAUCCAUUGUUUGCUCAUACACACACAAUAGAUGAAUUGUCACUAAAUGUAGGUAUGGGCCUAGCCUGGCGUAUGCAAAAGCUCACUUAAUUUGCAGCUAUUUUUAUUUCAACCUGUUUGUACCUUUCACCUCCCCACUAGUGCUUAUGAUUGUUGUCAUGCACAAUAAACUAACUGGUCCACAUAAA